AGCAUUUUUAUGGUUGCUAACACCAAAGGACCACAGGCACACGGUUAACACAGGUGGAGGUUCUCCAUAACGUACAGCAGAUAAGAAAGCAUACAUAUUAUAAUCUGCAACAGUGGACUUAACUGACCUAUUCACUUGAUUAGAGGUUAAUAAUUCAACUUGAGCACUCCAACUGAAAACAUUCAGCCUGUAUUCAUAACUGUGUGCAAAGGUAUAGAGUGAAUGAGCCAACCACGAAACCAGAAUGUCACAGGUUAAAUUACGGCAACACAUGAACUGAACCUCCACACACACUUUCUCUUUUUAAAGUUUUGGUGAAAUGCCAAUAAAUGGAGGAGAUUCAUGGUCAUACAUAAUGUUGGUAUGCGUUGAUGGACCAGUGAACAGACGUGAGGUAUAAUGCCCUUUCCCAACAAAUUCUCACACCAAUGCGUCAAAUAACACACCUUGGUCCAAGGCACUAACUGCGUGCCAAUACCCGUACCACCAUACUGUUUAGUGUGCCAGAAAAAUAUGUAGUAUGUCCCAAAACAUAGUUUCCUAAAACAUAGUUUAUCCAAUGCAGUUUGCAAAACAAAAGCUGUGUUCCAAACCGCAUACCAAACCGCUUUUUGCUUUUAGUACACGAUGCACCUGCCCUUACAAAGUAUGUACUGUUCUUUGCGGUAUCCAUUUAAUUGGGACAUAAUACUUCCUCAUAACAUGGCGUUUUGAACUUUGACCCUCUUGCUUACAUAUAUCCGCUGCGCAGGGGAUUGUGGGUCAGAAUAGUUAGAAAAGCAUGCUGGCUUGCAAACUGCAAAAUGCGACUAGAUUUAGCAGAAUAUCUUAACACGUUUUUUCUAUACUGUAUAUUUUUCUGUCAUUCUAAAUAGUAUGGUAGUAUGUGCAUCAUCAUGCACAGAUUAUGUUUUUUUAAAUAAACGACACACCUGACACACCUUGCGACACUCCUGCUCUUUAUAAACAACACGUUUAUAAUAACAAUCUGCAUUGUUAAGUCUGACUAAUUGAAUCAUAUUUAUUUCCUAAUCCGCAUUCCACAAACUGGAACUUCAACAGGUGACAAGUUUCAUCCAUCCCACCUGAGGAGGUAGCACUGCGACACACCUAACUACCGAGCUGCCAAACUACCCACGCUACUGCGCAUUUUGUUCCGCACGUGCUUCCCAGCAGUUUGGUGUUGGACACGCCAUGGCAACUGGGUUCUCCGAGGAAAUCCCUGCCACGCUGUGUGCUGCUGAGUAGAUUUAAGGAUAAUGGGGUUCUUACUCUCUGAGUUUUGGAUGAGGGGAGUCUAACGCGGAGGAGCGCCGGAGAUACAUCCCCCUGUUUCCACGCGCAGACGCUCUCUCCAAGAAAUGGCUCUUACGCGCCUCUGGGUGCCUCGUGUUUCUCUCCCGCUGCUUCCACUGCUGCGCUUCUGGCUGUUUAUGUCUGCAAGAGCGCUGGAGAUGAUCGACCGAGACGCACCUGAACUGAGCUGUACCGAGGGUUUGACUGACUGCCACGUGAGCUCAGCCUCUCCGUUCGCUGCUGCUCUGCCCGAUCCAGACGAUACGGUGAACGUUACACAUGUGCAGCUCAAAUUGAUUCUGCGCUGUUCAGCCACACAAGAAUGUGAACCGUACCUGCAAAUCCUCAUCGCCGUCCAAGGUGCAGAAAUGAAUAAUGCAAGGGAGUUUUCUGAGGAGUCUGAUGACCAUAAUGAUGAAGAGAAGUUUGACACGGAUCAACUGGCAGGUGGAAGUGGUCACUUCGUGCUUCCUGAGCCAAGAGCUUUGGUGAAAGUGUGCAUCAGUUCCCCAGGCUCCAUUGACUGUUGCAAGACGCUCCACUUUAAAUCAAGCUACUCUGGUUUAGACCAAGCUUCUUCUGAACAGCCCACGCACAAGCUGCUGUUGAGAGAGAAAACAACGUUUGGCAGUCCAGUUGUGGUCCUCGUCUACGCACAUUCAAACGGAGCGGACAUCAUACAAAAUAUCACAAUCCCAUCAUUAGAAGAAGUUUGCUCCAUGAACAUUGAGGGGACUGAAAAGAAAUGUGAUGCUCCCAGACUGCGAGCUGUGACUGAUCAUAAGAGAAAUGUGGUCCUCCUCCAAAUGGAAAACAUUGAUGACGAGUCCAAGUGCCGGAUAGUUCUGAAUGAAACUGGAGAGGGUCUUGCGUGGCCCAAAGGCAAGAGGGAAAUUCCAUCAAACCGUGUUACACCAUGCCUGUGCCUUCAGGUAUGGUGCAAGGAAAAGGCACUUCGAAGUGAAUUCUGCCCUUUCAAAAACCAACGAGAUGCACUGGAAAGAAUGCAGCACAAUGUGUCAGUGUCGCUGGAGGAGUCCCAGAUGUGGGAGGGUGGCCCAGGCCUGAUCUGGAAUGUGACUGCCCCCUGCAGAUUGGAGGCAGAGGUGAGGCUGUGCAAGAAAGACCUGGCAGGAGGCCAGUGUGAAGAGGUGACGGGCUCCAGGCAGAGACUGCACAGCGACAGACGUGCUGGCUGGAGUGCAACACGCAGUGGAUAUUGGAAAGCAGGAGAGUUCAAUGUGUCGUCACAUCCGCUGCUUUGUGUUGAGAUAAAGCUACAUGGGAUGGAGUCAUAUUUAGAGCCCCAGUGUCCAUUUACAACAUCUCGGUGGAGAUGGAGCCUCCUAAUCCUCAUCGGACUAAUACUGAUGUGUUUGUCCAUACUUGGAGCCUAUCUUAUACAAGGGGUCCUAAAAGGAUACAUGUGGAGAUGGUUGAAAGAAGAUGAUGUUAAAGGUGCUGUGGGUGGUGGUCAUGUGGUGUUGCUGUACCCACCUGGUGACGACCAGGCUUUGCCGGAGCUGAUGAGUCACCUGGGCUUGUCCCUCCAAGCCCUGGGCUUCAGUGUGUCUCUGGACCUGUGGAGCCAGACCGAGCUCGGUGCGCUGGGCCCCGUGCCUUGGCUCCACUCGAGACUGCACCGACUGCAAAGGCAGGGGGGCAAAGUGGUGCUGGUCCUAUCCCAGGCCGCCUGGAUAAGGGCUGAAGAAUGGGGAGCUCGCAGCUGGGAGAGGAGCGUAGACACGGAGGAAGAGGAGGAAGGAAGACGCCGCACUGGCUCUUCUCCCUGUGGAGAUGUUUUUACCGCUUCAUUGAGCUGUGUCCUAGCAGACUAUUUGCAGGGUCGCGCCGGUGAGCGGUUCAUGUUGGUGCAGUUUGAAGCACUCCCACCCGAGCCUCCGGGUGGUUUGCGGCCGCUGCCAGAACUUUUCCGCGGCCUUCAUGUGUACAGCCUCCCCUCCCAGAGCCUGGGUUUUCUGACUGAACUGGCCGGGGCUCGGCAAAUGGCUACUGCAUCGGCCAGACGGAAACGAGCAGGGGGCCUCAGGAUGGCAUCCCGAGCUCUGGCACGGCGGCUGUCAGGGUUCACAGCGGGGACAACUGUUUUACGCCUCGCGGGAGUGUCCCAGAGUUGUGUUGGGGUGGGAGUCAAAGACUCUGGGGAAACGGUGCCCUUGCAGCCCUGUCUUAUCACGCCUCCCUCCAGUCCUGACUCAAACCACAAGAUCAGUGACAUGGAAUGGGUUUGACAGCAGACGAUGACACAAGACCAAGCUUCAGUUUAGGAAUGAGCAGCCGGUAAUAAGUUGAAGGGAUUUCCUCUGGGAGAUGCUCCCUUUGCAGAUUUUGCAUUUGCUGAUAAACAUCUGGGGUCAUGUGUCAGUGGAAACAGCAGCUACAGUUCCAGCUCCGGAGAUAUACAAGCUCACACACCAGUGUCGUAGUCAAGACCACCUAAAACCGAAAAAGACUUUGAGGGGUUGAGACCAAGUCGAAGACCGAGAAACCAAAAAAAAGCCUAUAGGUCACUAAAAUUACACUAAAAUGCAAAACUAUCUCAAAUAAGCAAUUUGCUCCAUUGUUUUGUCUUGACUCUGUUUAUCUGUCUUUAAACCAGGUUAUUGUGUUUGACUAUUUACUAAUAUUUGACAUUCUGCAUGGACCUGUAGCCUAAUGCAUAUACUGCUUUACAUUUGAUUGUAUUUUUGCUGUGACUCAAAGGCAGCUAGUAAGUUACCUCAACAGUACCUUUACUUUAAAGAUGUUUUAAAGUACAACAGCAUUACCGUCAGUGUGCUUCAGCUUCAGUUCACUUAGUUAAGAUACAGUAUAUAAGUACACUCAUAAGACAUAGUGGAGAUAUGGGAAAUGGGACAAUGAUGUGAAGCUUGAGAAAGAGCUCCCAAACACUAAGCAGAUGGUAUUUAAUAUCUAUGUGUACUAGUGUUUUUAGAAAAGUGUGUAUUAUACAGUAAUCACAACUACAAAACACCUAAGACCCUAAAAACGAACUAACCCUAACUACUACAGUUUUUGCACCAGACUAAACAUUAAUUAAAAAUCUGUGUAAAUAUGUUUUGGUGUAUGAUAUUGUACCUGUGUUUGAUAGUAAGAUACUGUAAAUGCUAUGUACUAAAUACAGCUAAUACACUAAAUAUUACUGCACCAUUCACAUUUUGCAAGUACUGGUAUAAAAGUCCAGAUUUAUCGGGGCUUAUAAAAUGUUGCAUCAUCGCAGAAGAGUAGUGCCCACCGUCUGGUUCUCCCUCAGCUAAACACUGUUUGCUCUGUGAGCACUUUCCCUGUUAGCACCAUUAGCUGUGAGCCGCAGUCCCUGUGUCGCCAUGUUGAGAACCAUAGAGAGGCAAUCGAGAUGCUCCUAAUCUCAUAUCUUGCACAUGUAAACAUUAACAGUUUGAUGGUUGACUAGUUAUUGAUAACAAAGAUUCUCUAUUACAAUCGAAUGCAUGUCGAGGGUAUGACGCCCACUGAAUACAUGUUUCUGCCGCUGGUCCCCUCCGUGCGUUAACGCUCGGUUCAUAGAUUUUAAGCGUUUCCCAGCUCAAGGAAAGUUUUAUAAAUAUAAAACCUCCAUGUAUCAGAAACUCAUAAUAAUAGUUUCAUGAUUCUUGCUCAUCACUUACUAUUUUAAAGUAAAUUUGGUAUUGUUUAAAAUGUAAAGAAUUAUUGUAACCACUGAAUUAGAGAAGAAAAGGCAUACAAGAAAUACAUAAAAUCAAAUCCUGUAUGGUAGUACAGUAGCAGUUAACAGUAAAUUGCUGCAUUUUAUAUAUAAUAAUAAUGCUAGUCAGUUACUGUAAAUGACAUGUAACCUCUGCACUAUACUGCAAAUGACAGUUACUGUAAAGAUGUUGUAUUGUAGUUUUAUUGGGUAUUUUGUGGUAUUUAACUGUAAAAAUAACAGCAAAGGCUAACUGUGGAAAGCUCUGACAUGAAGAUUAUUUUAAAACAAAAUAAGCUAUUUCCUUUCUUUUUGUACAUUCAAUUGCUUUGUCCCGGCAUGUCUGUUUUUAUAGUGUUUUGUCAUAGUGUUUAAAGUGGGAUUGAAUAAAGAA